AUGUAUGACAACUUGCACAUGUAUUUCUAUAGAAAUUAUAUACAUAAGUUAUUAAUAUUAGCUUAUGCACGUAAUUUCUAUAGAAAUUAUAUACAUAAGUUAUUAGCUGUAAAUAUAAACGUGUUUUAAUCACGUUUUAGGUAUUGCAAUCGUCGCUAGCUAUUGUCAGUCGAUUUCAGGAAACUGGUACAUAAAUUAGAGUGUGAAAGUUAUGUGUUAAAUUCGAGUAUUUGAGGCGUCCUGGGACGUCUUCUCUCUAGAGUAGGUCUGCGUCCGAGUGGUAUGUGUGAGAAUCGUGGGGUGAAUGCGUUGAUGUACCUAUUUUGUCAUUUUUUAAAUAUAGGGCGGUUGGUUAGGAUAGCAUAGGUAGCUUUCUGGUGUGCCUGUAUUUAAUUAUAAAUAGGUAGGGCCGGGCAGGUUGGCACAGUCUCUAGUCGCGAGUUCCCUUUUCGCGUGUCCAACCUGUUUCAGAAAAUCUGAUUUGAAAAAUCGACAGUGAAAUCGGUACAAAUGGAGCAUGCCAUUUGUUUCUCGUUUUACUCUUCGAUUUUUUGAAUUUAGUAUCGCGAUUGCGGUCACGGAUAUGUCGCGAGUAAGUCCUGAUACGAACAUAUAUGUAGGUGUUGCUGAAGCACGCAUAUGCGAACGGACAACGAUCUUUACGAUCGAUGGUCGUCCAUCUGUAUUGGGAUUAUUUUUUGAUUUGCGAAUAGAAAGACUCGAGCUAGAUGUAAGUUCCAGCGGGCAUUGUGCUCGAAGGAAGAGAAGGCUAAAAGCCGAACAGGCCCGGUAAACUUGCACGAAGAAGGUCACAACAAAUGGCCUCUCAUCCUCUGAAUCAUUUAAACGAUUCCAAAGCAUGGAAAGUCAUUCUCGUUACUAUUUUAUCACUAUGCUCUUUUAGUAUCUGUAGUUGUAUUUUUUUUUUCUUCUCCAUCAUCAUUCAUCAUCGUUUUGGGCAAAUCGCGGUUUUUCUUGUUCUAGUAUUGCGAAAGAUUGAUUACGGUUUAAAUUAGAGUUGCGAAGAAAUGGUAGUCGUUUGCUUUAGAGUUGCUUUAGAAUUAUGAUUUCGCGAUUGUUUUUUGCAAUUUUGAUUGUUAAUUUUCAUAAUUGUCUUAGUGUUGUUGUAAAUUUAUCUUGCUUUCUGUUGCUUUUUAAAAUAUAUUAUAGAAUCAUUGCUUUCAAUUAAUUUUAGAAUAUUAAAAUAUUGAUAGUAAGUUUGUCUUCGUACAGUAG